AUGUUGCCUAUUCUUAUUGUUACAUUUGACAUAAUUGCAGGCGAGUAUGUGCCUGGUGAUCAGCCAGACCAGCCGUUUAGGGCGUUUUAUAAAGUUGUUGCAACAGUGUACUUACUAUUUGGUCUGAGUUGUAUGAUGCUAUUCCUGGCCACUCUCUACGAUGUACAGCAACUGAAUCUAAGUCGAUUCUUUUUGGUCAAAGACGACACUUACGUGGAUCCACAGGGCGGAGAUGAUGACAAAUCCACAAUUGUGAACGAGGUUGAAUUUGCGCGAAUUCACUUCUCGUAA